AUGUCUUCAAUAAAUCAAUAUGAAUUAUUGAAAACAAAUGGUUCAUGGAAAGAUCGGCUUAAAUAUGUUUUAUCAUUAACUGAUAAAAAUGAUAUAGAAAAACAUUUAAAAGAAUCAUCAAUAUCAUCUUAUGAUGAUUUUAAAAUGUUGAGUUUUUUAUCAUUAUCAAUUAAAAAUGAGAAAAAUUUAUUCGACAUGUUUAAAAAUAAUUCAUUACCAACAAAACAACGAGCUACCGCGAGUCAACGUUGGAUUCAACUUCAAAAAGAUCCAAAACAAAUUCAUAAUUUUAUUGUUGAAUCAAUCAAUGAUAAAAAUCUUCCACGAUAUUUAAAACAUCAAAUAUUAAAAGAUCUUCAUCGAAUUGAUUGUUUAAAAAAAUCGUCAUCAUUUUUUUAUGAUCUUGCAUGUCAUUUAACAGAAUCAAAUAACCAUGAACAAUAUAAUAUAGAUGCCUAUUUAUUACCAUUUUGUAAAUACGAUCAAAUAAUUGAUCUUUUAUCACGAUGGUCAUUAAAACGUUUUGAACAAAUUGAUUUGACAUCAGCAUUUUAUUGUAAAUUAAUUCGUUAUCAACCUCUUAUUAUUAUUCAUUUAAUGAAAGCUGAUUUAAAUGAAUAUAAAAAUGAUUAUGAAAAAUUUUCAAAUUAUUUUAACAAAAAAUAUAAAACAUUUGAUUUAAUUGCAAAAAAAGAACCAAAAGAAUUGCUGAAUUUAACAAUUGAAUAUUUAAAUCAAUUAGAAAAACAUAAAAGAUUUUUACCUUAUUUUAUUCAUUGCAACGAUACAUACUUUUUUGAAAAAUGUCCAGAAGAAAUGAUUCAAAUAAUAACAAUUAUUGCUUCAAAUCAACCAGGUCAAAUGAAAUAUACAUCAAGCUGGAAUAAUGAAGGAUAUGAUUUUAGUUCACUUCAAAUACCUCGUUCAUUUUCUAUUGAAAAUUAUGUUCGUUUAUUUCUUGCUUUAUAUGAUACAUGUAGAUGGUCAUCAAAUUAUACGAUUGGUAUAUUUCAAUAUAUUUUACAAAGUCCAGAACAACCAUUAACUCUUAAUAGAUUAAAAAAACAAAAAAAAUGGUUAAUUGAUAUUGUCGUUGAAAAACAUAUUGGAAAAGAAUUAUUUUUAAGAAAAUUAUUAAAAGAAGGAAAUAAAGAUACUCUUCAACUAUUUCAAAUGUAUCCAGACUUUACGACACCACUUUCUAUUCAUAUAUUAUCACAAUCUGAACGUGAUAUAGCAGUUGAUGAUAAAGAACGUUUAUCAUUUCUUCGUUAUCAACUAAUGACACAAGAAACUUUUGAUAAAUUUUUAUCCUUAUUUAAAAAAACAGGUUCAGAUGUUAAUCAACGUGUUAUAAAUUAUCAACUUUUGCUUGAAUGUGCUAUAUCAACAAAUGAACAAUAUGUUAAAAUUGUUCUUGAAUGGAUCGAAAAAAGAUUUACUAAUGAACAAUUAAAUGUUAUUGAAAGUUUCUUAAGUAAACUAACUUCAUAUAGUAUGCGAUUUAAUUUAGAAUAUUUAUCAAAUAAUAUUAAUUCAAUUCAAACUAUUAUUGAUAUUGCUAUUAAUCAUUUACAACAAUCAUCAUAUACUUUACAAAUUAUUGUAAAUUAUGGAAUGUUUUUACUUCGAUCUGUUGAACAACAUCCAAAUAAACAACGAAAAGAAAUCAUUCAACAAUUUGCUAAGAAAAUUAUCAAACAAUGUUUUUCAACGAGUGAUAAUAUUAGACCUGAUGGAACAACAAUAAGUAAAACAUAUCCAGAAGCACGUUCUAUAUUGGCUGAUAUUCUUAUAACAGAUUUAUUUCCAAAACUUAUUUCCAAAACCAUGUUAGAUGAAUUAAGUAAUUCAUUGGAAUCAUAUAUAGAAGAAGCUUGGCAUUUACCACAAAUGGAUUCAUUUAUUAAUACAUUUUUCACUCAAUCUCUUUCGUCAUCAACAAAACUUCAAUCAUCAUUUCAAAUUGAUGCACAUUCUUCGAUGAUUUCAUUUUAUUUAAAAAAUAAAUCAACUCGAUUCGAAAGAGUUAAUCAAUUAAUAAAUCAAAUGGAUAAAAUAUUUUUUAUUGAUACAAAUGUUCAACGAAUUGCUUUACAUUCUCAAAAAUAUCAACAAUUGAUAGAUGAAUUAAUUCAAGAUAAUAAAUGUCUUACUAUAGAUAAAUUAACAAAUGAACAAUGUGAACUUUCAACAAUAUUAAGUUCUACAACAAAAAAUCUUAAACUACCUGGAUUACAUAUUAAUAUAUUGAGUAGUUGUUAUUAUCUAUUGACUGGAAAACAACAACAACAUAUAACUCAUAUUAUUCUAAACGAUUAUUUACGAGAUAAAGACGUAUCUAAUUUAGAUAAAUUAAAAUCAUUACGUAUUCUUCGUUCUCUAUCAUCAACAUAUAACGAAACUCUUGAGUGGCUUCAAAAAAAUCAAGAUUCUCAAUUAGUAAUAAAGUCUUCUGAUGAAAAAUCUCGUCCGCGAAGUCGCGCUGCUGCUAUUCACCCACUUGAUGAUAUAAUUCUAUGUCUACCAGCUACAUUUGAUUUAACUCCAGAAAAUUUACUAAAACAUUUUGAUCUAUUAAAAACAAGGUUAAAUGCAUCAAAUGCAAAAUUUAUUAGUGAUGCUAUGCUAAGUAUUUCAAUUAAAAUAAGUGAUGAAAUUUUCUUAAAAUCUUAUCUUGAAUUUAUUCGUAAUGAACAAUUUCAAAAAUUUGGUAUAACAGCAAAUAAAGAACUUCUUCGUUUAUUAAUUCAAUAUGUAUCUGAUACAAGUUUAAUAACAACUGUUAUAAAACCUUUAUGGGAUAGUCAUCCUCAUCAAGAUAUUCGUGCAUGUCUUAUUUUAAUUCUACUUCAUUUUAUUGGUAAAUCACGUUCCAAUGAUGAUAAUAAUAUUAUUUGGAACAUUCUUGAACAAGCUGCAUAUGAUGAAUAUCUUCCUGUGGUAGAAACUUUAUUUGUUAGUCAUCGAGGAUAUUCUCGUUGGCCAUUAUCAAAAUUGAAAUAUUCAUCAACAAAUUUAUUUGAAACAUUUGUUAAUCAAAUACAAUUUAAAAUAUUAGAUCAUCCAACAUUAUUAGAAGCACGUAUAUAUGCAUGGUCAUAUCUUGAAUAUGAAUAUUGUCAUACGAAUGAAUUAAUUAACAAAGCUCAAAAUUUAUGUAUCCGAUUUGAUAAAGAUGGCAAUGUUUUAUGGAUAAACGCUUUUCAAAAAAUUAUUUUAUUUUAUAAACAACGAAAGAUAUCGUCCUUAAAUAUAGUUAUUGAUAUUAUUAAAAAAAUUAUGUCAUACAGAGAUGAUGUCGAUGCAAAACAAAAUGCCAUUAAUAAUCAACAUGAUUUACCAGUUUAUCGUCGUAUUCAAACUAUUCUAAGCAAUCUUAUAUCUAAGAUUAAUGAAUUUGAUAAUGAGAAAAAAAUUCAUUUUCGUUCGCUUAUUCCAAUUUUUCUUCAAUUUGAUAAAAUAUUGGCUCCUCUUAUUGGAAAAUUAUUAAUAAAAAUCGCUCAAAAUAAAGAAGAUAUUGAAGAUGCAUUAAAAAUUCUUCAAGAUAAUUUACCUGAAAUUUAUUUUGAAAGAAUAUUAACAGAACUAUCAAGUUUUCUUCAAAAGGAAGAUUAUUGCCAUUUUAUUAAACAUUUAAGUGUUGAUGAAAAACUUGAUUUAGCCCAAUGGUUUAUUAUGGAAAAAAAUCGACCAUUAUUCGUUUUUGAUUUUCUUCAAGAUUAUGUAUUUAAUCAAGCUUCUAUUGAUCGUGAAAAAUGUCAAAAUCUUCUUCGAUAUUUACGACAAUCGGAAAAUUUAGCUGUAAGAGAGAAAGCCAUAAAUUAUACUGUAGCUUGGAGAGAUGAUGAUGAUGUCGACAAUAAUGAUUAA